AUGGGAGCUCUAAAUUUUCUCUCCGACUAUCUAUCUGAUCGUUUCUACGUCUCAAUAAGAAAACUGAAGAAGCAUAAAGUCAUACAGCAAACGGUGAAUAUAAAGGUGAAGAUAGACUAUGACGGAUGCGAACGCAAAAUCAAGAACGCAGUUUCCGCUAUGAAAGGAGAAAAAUCUGUGGAAGUGAAUAGAAAGAUGAACAAAGUGACUGUGAGUGGUUACAUGCCUAAGAAAGUUUUGAAGAUAGUGCAGAGCACUAGGAAGAAGAAACCUGAGCUGUGGCCGUACGUCCCAUAUACGAUGGUGGCUUAUGCAAACGCAGCUGGAGCUUACGUCAAAAGGGCCCCACCAGGUUUUGUGAGGAAGUCCGAGCAGGUUCAGCCGCAGCCAGGAGAUACAAACGAUAAGCUCAUGUCCCUUUUCCACGACGAGAACCCUAACACAUGCACCAUCAUGUGA